AUGGCAAGCACCGAAGAAGUCGCGCAAGCGCACCAGCAGGAAGACAUUCAGGUACCACAGAUACCAGAAGUGCAAGCAGAUGAAGCUGUCGACGAGAAUGAUGACGAUAUCGACGAUCUGUUCGACUCGGACGACGAAGAUGCACCUGAGCUGGUCGAAUCCAGCAAUUCAAGCGAUUUCACCAAAACCUACAACCGCCAGCGCAAGCUGAACGAUACUUCAAUACCCGCCGACUACAGACCGAAAGCGAACCCACAGAAGCCGUCAGCAAACACAAAUCUCUCCCUAGAUGAUCAAGUUGCAUCACUGUCAAAGCAUGCCGGCAAAAUCCGCCUCGAUAGCCGCUUCAGCGGUGCAACAGGGGGCACCGCGCGAGACAAGGACAAGGCAGACCGUGCCACAACGGAGCAGGUUCUAGACAGAAGAACACAAAUGAUUCUGCUGCAGCUUAUCAACCGUGAUACGUUCAGUGAAUUACAUGGAGUCAUCUCCACCGGUAAAGAGGCCAACGUCUACCACGCCAUCAAGGAAAACCCAGGAGACGGCGAGCAGACCCACCUUGCGGUCAAGGUAUACAAGACAUCCAUUCUGGUGUUCAAAGAUAGGGCGAAGUACGUUGAGGGCGAGUUCCGCUUCCGCCAGGGGUACAGCAAAAGCAACAACCGAGCAAUGGUCAAGCUCUGGGCAGAUAAGGAGCGUCGCAACCUUGCACGCAUCCACGAGGCCGACAUCCCGUCGCCUGAACCUAUUGCGCUCCGUACGCACGUUCUUGUUAUGGGGCUGGUGGGUGAUCGUAAGGGCAAACCGGCUCCGCGACUGAAAGAUGUGCGCUUCGAUGGCCUGACAAGCGAGGAAGAGGACGCAAAAUGGACAGAUCUGUACGUCGAGAUGAUUGCAUACAUGCGCAUAUUGUACCACACAUGUCGACUUGUACACGCGGAUCUGAGCGAGUACAACGUGCUCUACCACCAAGGGCGGCAAUGGAUGAUCGAUGUUUCGCAAGCCGUUGAGCAUGACCACCCUCGCUCCCUCGAAUUCCUACGUAUGGACGUCAAGAACGUUUCAGACUUCUACCGGUCGAGAAACGUGGAGGUUCUCAGCGAGCGGAAAGCUUUUGCAUUUAUUACGGGCGAGGCAGGCGAGAAGGAUGCGAAGGCCAUUGAGGCAAUUUCGAGCAAAGCCCGGGAAGUAAUGAAGCGCGAGCCCCAAACCGAGGAAGAGAAGCAGAGGGAAGAGGAGAAUGACGAGGUUUUCCGAAACCAGUAUAUCCCACAAACUCUCGACCAAGUAUACGAUAUCGAGCGCGAUGCCGAGCUCGUCCACGCUGGUGAGGGCUCGUCUCUCCCCUACCAGGAGCUCCUUGCCAAUAAGGUUACAAAGGACGGUAGCAGCAACAAUAUCGAAGCUAAAGAAUUCGGCGAAGGAGGCGUGGAGCUGGACUCGUCAGACGAGUCUGACGGUAGUGAGGUCGACCAGAGCAUAUUCGAGAAGGGACCACCGCGGGGCAAGAAAAACAUGGACAAGGACGAGAAGACGGCACACAAGAAAGCUAUAAAGGAGGAGAAAGCAGAGAAAAGGAAGGAGAAGAUGCCAAAGCAUUUGAAGAAGAAGCUUGUCAGCUCGAGCUCGCGGAGGAAGUAA